AUGCCUAUGAAUUAUUCCAAGCUUGGUAAAGUUCCUGCAACCAAAAAUCACUAUGUUGCUCUUUGUGAAGCAAAAGAUAGCAGCAGUAAGAUGGUAGGUGUUCAACACUUUGUAAUGAAGCAAGUUUCACCAGGUAUUAAUGUUAGUUCGACAGAAGUAAGGAAAAUUAUGCCGCCUACCAAGCAAACGGCGCCACCGUUGUCUAGUACUGUAGGGACUUCCUCUGCCUCCGUACCGACAAGAAGCUCUUCUUCAUUGCAACCAAUUAAAAAAAAGCAGACCAGUCUUGACAAGCUAUUUCCUAAAAAAAGAAAGUUUGCCGAGGAAAGUGAAGACGAAGAUGUUCCGCAGACGACCCCUUUCCCUAAAAAACGUCUAGGCAGUUCAUUGGUUUCAGAACACCCACAUUCAAGAUCCGAAACAUCGUGUUUUCCCAAUGAUAUUGCAAACUAUGUCAACGUUAAUUCCUUAACUGAUGAGCAAAAGUACAACGUUCUUUGUAACGUUUGGGUACCAUCUACAAACUUUCCAUUCCCUUUGGUAAACGGCAGGAGGUUUCGCUUGGACUGGAUGAAGUUGUUUCCGUGGCUGACGUACUCGCAAAAGUUGAAUGGAGCUUUCUGCAUAAACUGCGUGCUGUUUGGUUCAGAAUGUACUGGAACGCACAAUACAAGUAAAUUGCAAAGGCUUUGUAAAACCCCGUUCACAACAUGGCAGGUCGCACCCACUAAAUUCCGGGAGCAUUCCGAGAGGUCACCACUCCACAAAGCAGCCACAGCGCGUGCAGCGGUAUUCAGAUCUCACAUGGAGCAAAAGUCUGCACCUAUUGAUGUUAUGUUGGAGAACAGAAAACUUCAUAGAGGAGAACAGAAAACUUCUGAGACCCAUCGUCGGAACAAUUGUUCUUUGUGGCAGACAAAAUAUUCCCUUGCGCGGACAUAGAGAUGAUUCUUCAAACUAUCUGUCAGAUGAGGUUAACUGUGGUAAUUUCAUAGAAAUCCUAAAGUACGGUGCAAUAUGUGCUGGCAAGACUCUUGAAGAACUUUUCAAAAGCACUUCGAAAAACAUGACCUACAAAUCUAAAACCACUCAGAAUGAAAUCAUUGAUAUCUGUGGCGAUUUAAUAACCAAGAAAAUCACUGAUGAGAUCCGCGAAGCGACGAAGCGUCAGAUUGUGGCAACAUAG